AUGUUUCCUAAACUCGCACUCUACGCUUUCGCACUCAUCUCUGUGGUACACGGUCAGCUCGUAGGCACGUACCAGUCCGAAACGCACCCCUCUCUGAGCUGGCAAAAGUGCACGAAGAGCGGCUGCACUAACACUGCUGGCAGCGUCGUCCUCGACGCUAAUUGGCGCUGGGUCCACACCAAAAGCGGGUACACCAAUUGCUACACAGGAAACACCUGGGAUAGCAGCCUCUGCUCUGAUAACAAAAGCUGCGCUGCUAAUUGCGCCCUCGAUGGCGCCGACUAUUUUGGAACAUAUGGGAUCACGACAAGCGGCAAUGCUUUGACUCUGAAGUUCAUCACCAACAACAGCAACGGCAAGAACAUAGGAUCCCGAGUGUACCUUAUGGCCAGCGACACCAAAUACCAGAUGUUCAAACUUCUUAACCAAGAGUUCACUUUCGACGUCGAUCUCUCCAAGUUGCCCUGUGGCCUGAACGGAGCUCUCUAUUUCUCGGCUAUGGACGAAGACGGUGGAAUGGCAAGAUUCUCCACCAACAAGGCUGGCGCCAAGUACGGCACUGGAUAUUGCGAUUCGCAGUGCCCAAGAGACAUCAAGUUCAUCAACGGAGAGGCCAACGCGGAAGGAUGGAAGCCAUCUGCUAACGAUGCCAACGCCGGAACGGGCAACUAUGGCUCCUGCUGCAACGAGAUGGACGUCUGGGAAGCCAACUCCAUUUCUGCUGCGUACACCCCUCACCCAUGCGACGGGACACAGUCUUCGCGCUGCAGCGGCAGUGCCUGUGGCGGAGAAUCCGACCGAUACGGCAGCAUCUGCGAUCCCGAUGGCUGCGAUUUCAAUUCUUUCCGUAUGGGCGACAAGUCCUUCUACGGUCCAGGGCUCAAGGUCAACACCAACUCCAAGUUCACCGUAGUCACGCAGUUCAUCACCGACUCCGGAACCGCUUCUGGAACGCUGAAAGAGAUUCGCCGCCUGUACGUCCAGAACGGCAAGAUCAUCCAGAACUCCAAAGUCAACGUACCAGGAAUGUCGUCGAGCUACGAUUCCAUCACCCAACAGUUCUGCAAUGACGCCAAGGCCGCGUUCGGCGAUACCGACAGCUUCAGCAAGCACGGUGGUAUGGCGGGCAUCUCCAAGUCGAUGGCCAACGGCAUGGUCCUCGUACUCAGUGUUUGGGAUGACCACACCGCCAACAUGCUCUGGCUUGACAGCAACUAUCCUACCGAUGCCGACGCAUCGAAGCCAGGUAUUGCUCGUGGCACAUGCUCGACCUCUUCCGGAAAGCCGACCGACGUUGAAUCUUCUGCGGCCAGCGCCCAGGUCAUCUACUCCAACAUCAAAUUUGGCGAUAUUGGAACGACCUAUUCAGGUACGGCUUAA